AUGAUUGAUAGAAUAAUCGAAAAUUUAUAUCUGGGUGAUAUGCAGGAUGUUUUAAACGAAUGUAGGAUUGACCGAGUUAGAAAUGAAUUAAAGAUCAGCCAUAUUCUUACAAUAGCAGCAGAAGCUAUUCCGAUGGAAAAACAAAUUGUUGGAAUAUCUUAUAUGUUUAUUUUUGCACUAGACACGGAUACACAAGAUAUGUUCGCUGGAGAUUUAUUAGCGAAUGCGCUAACGUACAUCAGAACAAGUAUUGAAAAUAAUGGGCGAAUCCUUGUACACUGUGAAGCUGGCAUAUCACGUUCAGUUUUUGUUGUUGCUGCUUAUCUAAUGCAAAAAUUAAAAUGGUCAUUUUCAAAAGUUAUUAAAUACAUACAGAGGAUACGACCAAUAGCGCUACCAAAUGAUGGUUUUAUGCGACAGUUACAAAUAUUCGAAAGUUGUCAUUUUAUUGCCGAUAUACAAGUCAUUUCGCAGUGUUCGCCAUACAAAAAUUGGUUAUUGAAUAACUCUUCAGCUGACGAUUGUUUAGCUUUAUCUGCAAGAUUUUCUGUGGACAAAAACUUACCAGACUUGGUCGAUUCCACGAGUGUCGAAUACCGGUGUCGUAAAUGUAGGAAAAUUUUAUUCAGCGAUAGGCACAUCAUGAAACACAAAGUGUUAACAUCUGGUACUGUUACUGACGAUGGAACAAUCGAGACAAUGGAUUGCAAUUUAGCUUAUUUUAUUUUACCUAUGGAAUGGAUGUCUUUGAACGAACAUCGAGGAAAAAUUUUUUGUUCAUGCAACGAGAAACUAGGUCAUUAUGACUGGGGAGGACGUAUAUGCGAGGGAAUAACUGGUAGGCCAUGUGGAACAGCUGUGCGACCAUGGAUUUAUGUCAAUCAGAAGAAGACAGAUCGAAUUGUAAAUACAAGUCAAAAUGUGCCAAGCUCAAUAGAUAGCAUCAUUAUAAGACCGUCCGAACUUCCUCGUAUGUAG